AUGGUCGGGACGAAGCGCGCCGCCGCGCACCCCCUGCCGGAGGAGACGGCGUUCCCCCGCAGCAAGCGGGCGUCCGCGCGCGCCAAGGACGCAGAGGACGUCGUGCCCGACGGAUACGAUCCGCGGGCGCUCAAGAAGCGCAAGGCCUCGCUCGACGACGACUCCGUCGUCCCGGACACGUUCACCUUCUCCAAGGCCAGCGGGCGCGCGGGACGCAAGCACGCGGAGGUUCUCACCGCGAAGACCCUUGUCCGCGGGACCAAGGUGUGGGCGGCGGUGGCCGAGGUGUCCUCCGCGGACGUCGUGCUGUCGCUCCCGCACGGGCGCCGCGGGAGGGUGGUCGCGGAGGACUGCGCGGGCCUCGACGCCGGCGACGACCUCUCCAACGUGUACUACGUUGGGCAGCUGGUGCGCGCGGUGGUCACGGAGGUCGAGGACAAGAAGGUCGCGCUCUCGCUCAAGCCGUCCGAAGUGAACGCGGGCCUGGCCGCGCAGACGCUGAUCGCCGGCGCGGUGCUCUCCGCGGCGGUCGUCAGCGCGGAGGACCACGGCUACCAGCUCGACAUCGGGGUGCCGGGGGUGUCUGCCUUCCUGACCACAGCGGACGCGCGCGCCGCGCUGGGCGAGGACACGGCGCUGCAGGCGGGGCAGCUGCUCGACGUGGUCACGCUCGAGGCCGCGCAGGGCCGGCGCGCGGUGCGGGUCUCGGUCGACGCGGCGCGCGUGUGGAGCACUGUCCUGAAGGAGUGGGAGGGGCUGUCCAUCGGCUCGCUGGUGCCCGGGUCGCUGGUCAACGUCAAGGUCACCGCGCUGCUCCCGGACGGCGUCGCGGUGGACUUCCUGUCGUACUUCUCCGGCACCGUCGACGUGUUCCACCUGAGCCAGGAAGUCCUCCCGGGGGACUGGACCGAACGCUACCAGCCCGGGACGCGCCUGCGCGCCCGCAUCCUCUUCGUCAACCAGAAGACCAAGAAGGUCGGGCUCACGCUGCAGCGCUCGCUGGUGGACGGUAAGCUCCCCGCGUCGUUCCCCGCGCUGGGGCAGAUAUUCGAGGAGGCGGUCGUGCGGCGGGUCGACCGCGCGCAGGGGCUGCUCGUGGAGCUCCCCGGCGCGGAGGGGGGCGUUCCGUUCGCGGGGUACGUGCCGUCGGCGCACGUGUCGGACGACAAGGUCGAGAAGCUCGAGAAGGCGUUCCGGUCCGGGCAGCGCGUGGCCUGCCGCGUCGUGGGCUUCCGGCCGAUGGACGCGCUGUGCACGGUGUCGCUCAAGGCGUCGGUGCUGCGGCAGACGAUCCUGUCCGCGGCGGACCUCGCGCCGGGCAUGAUGGUCACGGGCAAGGUGGCGUCGGUGAUGGACUACGGCAUGUUGGUGGAGCUGGCGCCCGGGGUGCGCGCGCUGUGUCCGCUGGUGCACCUGGCGGACGUGGGGUGGAGCAAGGCCGCGCGGAAGUACAAGGAGGGGCAGGCGGUGUCGGCGCUGGUGACCGAGUGCCGCCCCGAGAGCCGGCAGUGCUUCUUGACGCUGAAGCGGACGCUGAUCAAGUCGAAGCUGCCGCGCGUGGCCGCCCUCGAGGACGCGCUGCCCGGGACGCGCACGCACGGCGUGGUCACGGGGAUCAAGGACUACGGCGUGUUCGUGGCGCUGCUCGGCGGCGUGCGCGGGCUCGUGCACAGGUCGGAGCUGGACGUCGAGGCCGGGGAGGCCCCGGAGGACUGUUUCGAGGUCGGACAGGUGGUCAAGUGCCGGAUCCUGGGCGCGGAGGGCGCGUCGCGGCGGCUCCGACUGUCGCUGCGGGCGCGCCCGGGCGCCGAGGCCGACGACGCCGAGCCCGCGGACGGCGGGGCGUUUGCGCGCGUGGACGCCGGCGCGGUGCUGCGCGCGACGGUGCGGGAGGUCGACGCGGACGGCGUGGUGGCCGCGCUCGAGACGGACGCGGGCGAGGUGACCGCGCGGAUCCCCACGGGCCACCUGUCGGACCACCCCGCCAUGGCCACGCAGCUGCGCGAGGCGCUGCAGGCGGGAGAUGCACUGGGCGACGUGCUGGUGCUGGACUGCUUCCGGAAGAAGCAGGAGGUGCUCGCGACGCGGAAGGCAAGCCUGGUGCAGGCGGCCGAGCGCCUCCCGCGCGCCGCGGACGCCGUCAGCGGCGGCGCGGUGUUCCCGGGGUACGUGCACAACGCGACGGACGACGCGUGCUACGUGCGGUUCCUCGGGCGGCUGACGGGCCGCGCGGUGGUGUCGCAGUGCGGGGACGUGUCGUCGCCGGUCGCGAAGGCGUCGGACGCGUUCCGUGCGCACCAGUCGGUGAUUUGUUCCGUCGGGCGCGUGGAGGCCGACCGCGGGCGGCUGGCGAUCACGCUGCGGCCGGGGCUGACGCGGUCGUCCGACGCGACGCUCCUGCGGUCGUUCUACGAGGACCAGGACGUGGUCGCGCGGCUGCGGCACCAGCACGACGCGGAGGAGGUGCCGCCCGAGCUGUGGCGCUCGCAGCUGGCGCUCGGACGCGUGGUGCACGGCACCGUGCGGGACGUCAAGGACUACGGCGCCGUCGUCGACAUGAAGGCCAGCGCGGACGUCGUCGGGCUCCUGCGCCCGGAGAACCAGGGCGGCAAGGUCAAGCCCGGCAAGGCGCUCACGGCGGUGGUGCUCGACUACAACGCCGCGGAGGGGCGCGUGGACCUGUCGACCGACCCCGACCUGGUCAAGGCCGCGCAAGGCAAGUCCAAGCGCGCGAAGCCCGCCGCGGCCGGUCUGACGGUGUCGCUCGAGGUGGUCAUGUCGACGAGCGACUACUGCAUCGCGCGGAGCGCCGAGGGCGGCGCGUCCGCGGCGCUGGUGUGGGUCCAGACGGCAGACUUCAACACGCUGCACCGGCCCGACCUGGUCGCACCGCCGGAGCCCGGGAGCAAGAUCCAGGCGACGAUGACGGCCGAGGAGGUCGGCGGCCGCCCGCUCGCGCUCCUUGUGCACAAGGGCGGGCCCAAGAAGGCCAGGGAGGACUCCGCGAAGAAGCCCAGGAAGGCGGACACGAAGCCGGGGUCGGUGGUCAAGGCGGUGGUGACGGGGUGCCACGCGACGCACGCGGACGUGGAGCUGUCCGGCGGGGGCGGGAAGGGCCGCGUGCACGCGUGCGAGGUGUCGGACAAGCCGGCGGCGGGGUCGUUCCCGGUGCAGGAGCUGGGCGGCGUGGGCGCGGGGGUCGAGGGGUGCGUGAUGGGGCUGCUGGCGACGCAGGAGGGCCGCGCGCACAACGUGCUGGAGAUCUCGAUGCGGGCGAGCGCGGUCGCGAGCGCGCGGGCCGGCGAGAAGCUGCGGCCGCGGGUGCAGUUGGAGAAACUCAGGGAGGGGAAGACGGUGUGGGGAGUCUUGCAGGAGCACGUCUCGGACGGGACGGGGGGCGGGUUCUGGUGGGUGGCGGUGUCCCCGACGGUGCGCGGGCGGCUGGACCACCUCGACGCGGCGCCGGGGCUGUCGGAGUUCGCGUCGUUUGGUAGGGCGGCCAAGGUGGGGAUGGUGGUGCACGCGCGGGUGGCGCGCGUGGACGCGCGGAGGGGGACGCUGGACCUGACGAGGCGGGACGUGGGCAGCUCGCUCGCGAAGCCGCAGGAGGGGGACGUGCGCCUCGCCAGGGUGGUGUCCAUCAAGCCAGGCGUCGGGGCGACGGUCCAGCUCGGGCACAGGCUGCGCGGGCGGCUGUCGAUCGCGGACGUGUGCGAUGCGUACCUGGACGACCCGCUCCAGCACCUGUCCGAGGGCGCGACCGUGCAGUGCUGCGUGCUCGAGGUCGAGGACGGCGGCAACACGGUGCACGUGUCGUGUCGCGAGGCGCACGGCGGCUCGCUCGGCGCGUCCCGUCCCCGCCGCCCGGCCAGGGGCCAGGAGGGCGUUCCCGAGGACCUCGACGCGGCGUCCCUGCAGGAGGGGCAGACCGUGCAGGGCUGGGUCAAGUCGGUGUCGACGGCCGGCGCGUUCGUCACGCUGGCGCGCGGCGUCGUCGCCCGCGUCAAGCUGUGCAACCUGGCGCUGGGCUUCGUCAAGGAGCCCGCGAGGGAGUUCCCGCCGGGCAGACUGGUCGCGGGGCGGGUGCUGUCGGUGGACGCGGGGGCGAGGCGGGUGGAGCUGGACCUGCGGGGCCGCGGGGGGGAGUGGCUGACGAUCGAGAAGGUGGAGGAGGGCGCAGUGGUCCCGGGCACGGUGAAGCGCGUCGAGAAGUUCGGCGUGUUCGUGCUGCUGGACAACUCGGAGCUCACGGGGCUCGCGCACAUAUCCGAGUGCCACGACGGGUUCGUGAAGAGCCUCGACGACAUGUUCAAGGUCGGCCAGAAGCUGAGGGCCAAGGUCAUCAAGGUGGACCGGGCGGCCAACAAGCUGUCGCUGUCGCUGCGGGAGGCCGAGGUCGGGGCGGCGGACGGCGCGGACGCGAGCGGGGGCGACGAGGACCUGGACCAGGCGAUGCUCGACGCCGACGCGGACAGCGACAGCGACAUCGACGCCCUGCAGGAGGCGUCGGAGUCGGAGGAGGAGGGGGGUCUGGUCCCGAUGUCUGACAGCGACGAGGAUGAGGGCGUGGGCGGCAGCGAGGGCACGGGGAGCGGCGAGGACGACAGCGACGAGGAGCAGGACAUCGACGCGAUGUCCACGGACGGCGAGAGCGAGGACGGCACGGACGGCAGCGACGAGGGCCCUGUGGCACAGGACAUGUCCGAGGACGAGAGCAGCGACGACGAGAGCGUCGACGACGAGGAGGAGGACGCGGAGGAGGCGCCGAAGCCCGCAGCGGGGUUCGGGGCGCUGCGGCUCGCGCGCGAGGACGACGGCGCGGGUGGCGACGGCGAGGAGGCGCCCGCGGUGCCCGAGAAGGAGCACAAGAGCAAGGGGCGGAAGAAGGCGGAGCGGGAGGAGCGGGAGCGCGCGGUGCGGGAGGCGGAGCGCGCCAAGGUGGACGGCGCGGCGCCGGCGUCGGAGACGGACUUUGAGCAGCUGGUGCUGGCGUCGCCCAACUCGUCGUACGUGUGGAUCCGGUACAUGGCGUUCCUGUGCAGCGUGGGCGAGGUCGACAAGGCGCGCAAGGUCGCGGACCGCGCGCUCGAGGGCAUCGACUACCGCGAGGAGGAGGAGAAGUUCAAUGUGUGGGCGGCGCGCAUCAACCUCGAGGCGCAGUUCGGGCAGCCGCCGGGGGACGCGGCGAUGGCGCUGUUCCGGCGCGCGCUGCCGUACUGCGAGCCGAAGAAGCUGCACCUGCUCAUGCUGGGCGUCCUGCAGCGCGUGGGCGACGAGGCGCUGACCGCGGAGCUGCUGCGCGCCAUGUGCAAGAAGUUCCGCUCGUCGUGCAAGGUGUGGCUGCGGCACAUCGAGCACCUGCUCGGGCAGGGCGAGGGCGAGGCCGCGCGCGGGGUGCUGCAGCGCGCGCUUCAGGCGCUGCCGCGGCGCAAGCACGUCAAGUGCAUCACGCAGGCCGCGCUGCUCGAGUUCCGGCUGGGGUCGCCCGAGCGCGCGCGCGGGAUGUUCGAGGGGAUCCUGCGCAACUACCCGAAGCGCACGGACCUCUGGAGCGUGUACCUCGACCAGGAGGUGAAGCAGGGCGACCAGGCCCGCACGCGCGCGCUGUUUGACCGCGCGACGGCGCUCGGGCUGCCGCCGAAGAAGAUGAAGUUCCUGUUCAAGAAGUACCUCGACUACGAGCGCAAGCACGGCGACGCCGCGAGCGCCGAGCGCGUCAAGGCCGCGGCCAUGGAGUACAUUGCCGCCAGGGCACAGGCGGCGUAG